AUGUCUUACGAAUGGCAGGCUCCCAAAGAAGGGGAGGUUAGAUCUCCUUGCCCUGCUCUAAAUGCUAUGGCUAAUCAUGGUUAUUUGCCUCGUGACGGAAAAGGCAUAACACCGAAACAAUUAUUCGAAGCUCUUCAGAAGACUUUUAAUGAAGACACUUUAUUAGCAAUGUUUCAGGUGGCUGGUUGUUUUACAUUAUACGGAAAAUGGUUUGCAGGAAAAAUAUCGUUAGAAGAUCUUCAUAAACAUGGUAACCUCGAGCACGACGUAUCCUUAUGUCAUGUGGACAGUGCGCUAGGUGAGAAUUGGGUGGUAAAAAAAGACUUAGUUGAUCAAUUGAUUGCCAACGCCAUUGACGGGAAAAUUAAAUCGGAAUCCCUCAUAAAUACAUUCCGAGCGCGCUAUCUGGAUUCGAAAAAAAAUAAUCCGGAUUUUACCUUCGGCCGUUUUCAAGUACAACUUGCCUCGGGUGAAUAUUCUUUAUUUCUAAAUAUUAUCGGUGCAAAUACAAAUAAAGAAGUGGAUACCAGGAUUGCAGAAAUGUUUUUUCAUGAAGAAAGAUUAGCCGACGAAUGGACACGGCCGGAUUCAUCAGUGUCGCUUCCUACAAUACUCGGAACUAAUAAUGAAAUUUCGAAGAUAAUGAAUGAGGAAAUCAAGAAGUUAACAUCGUAA